UCCAUAUUGUUUCCUAACGGAGUCCACGGAAGUAAACACAGUAUGCAUGUUGUGUGCUCAGACUUAGCACACGCUGUUAUCAUGUAACUUUGUCCAGUCGUGUACAACGUGGAUGUAUUAAAGUAAUUGAGACGCCCUCGCGAAUCGCGUUCGAUUGCGUUCAAUUGCAACGGUCUCAUUUGGAACUUUUAUCAUUUCUGAUGUAGGGAAACCUUUCGCGUAAAUUCCACCAGUCAGCCAUCAUGAAGAUCAAGCGACAGAAAAUAGCAAAGAAAACGUUAUCCUUUUACAAAUACAAUUUUAACUUUCGGGAACCCUUUCAGAUUCUUAUUGACGGAACUUUCUGUCAAGCGGCAUUAAAGAAUAAAAUUCAAAUCAAGGAGCAAAUGCCAAAGUAUCUCAUGGGCGAGGUCCAGCUCUGCACCACUAACUGCGCUCUGAAAGAAUUGGAAUCUCUGGGGAAAGAGCUUGUUGGGGCCAAAAUCAUUUUGCAGAGGUAUCAAGUGAGGAAAUGUCAACAUUUAAAGAGCCCAGUCCCUGCCUCGGAGUGUCUGCUUUCUAUGCUGGAAACCACAAACCCACAUCACUACUUUGUUGCCACACAGGACUUCAAAUUGACAACAGGUCUGAAGAAGAUCGCAGGCGUGCCUCUGCUCUACAUCAUACUCAACACCAUAGUGUUGGACAAACCCAGCCAGUCGUCGCUAGAUAGGGUUCAGGCCGCCCAGCUGGGUGAGCUGGUGAGCCUGGCGCAGCAGCAGAAUCUUCACACCAUGAAAGAAGAGCAGGGCAUCAUUAAGAAGGACGCAGAUAGACGGGGGAAGAAGAGGAAGAGGAAACCGCACAACCCGAACCCCCUGAGUUGCCUAAAGAAGAAAAAGAAAAAGGGGCCAACGCCGCCACUGAAAAAAAUUGAGCCAGGUCAGAAGAGGAGUAGGAGCAGACACAAGAAACAUAAAAUACAAGGAGAGAGUCAUGUUGCCCAGCCUUAGGUUAAAAAAUGCACAGAAUCAAACUUGAGUGAGUGAAUGAAUAAGGCGUUUUCAUGUUUGAUUCCUACAGUCAAUUAUGUGAACUUACUUGCCUGAAGCCAGUAGCACCCUGACAGUGAUUUCAUAUAUUUAUGAAGUCAACAGACAAUUUAUAAUCCAGCCUUAUGAUUAUUUGAAAUUUUAAUUUGUGCAAGAUUCCAACUUUGUGAAAUAAAAUAGGGUGUCACGA